AUGGCGCCAGAGCAAUACGUUGCCACCCACACUUCGGAUCCCGAAUCUUCCGUUGUGGACGUGCAGUUGCAGACUCCCGACGUGACUUUUGCCAUGGCCAAGCCUAUAGCCCCAGGCCUGGACCGACCCAAGAGAACUCCGCUUUCCACGUCUCGCCCACCUCGAUCUGCAGCGGCCACUGAUGGCGGUAUUGUUAAUCUGGAGCCGAAGCCGGAGAGGCGAUGUGGAAAGCUGGGCGCAAAAGUCUGGCCAUGCUUUGUCCUCGGCUGCCGCACGACCGGCACGGGGAUCUAUUCCCUCAGGAGAGUCCGCAAGCGUGUGACUGUUCUGAAGGCUGGCAAGGCCGACAAAGAGCAGCAGAACAGCUGCAAAGUCGACGCUACCAAGACGCGGGUUGAUACCAAAUAG